AUGGCGCAACUGUAUUAUUCGAUGAAACCCACACCAAUGCUGAAAGAUGAGCUAGAUAUCGUGAUACCUACGAUUCGAAACCUUGAUUUUCUUGAGAGGUGGAGACCGUUCUUUGAGCAGUACCAUUUGAUCAUUGUUCAAGAUGGUGAUCCUUCGAAAGCCAUCAAGAUUCCUGAAGGGUUUGACUACGAGCUCUACAACAGAAACGACAUCAAUAGAAUCUUAGGUUCCAAGGCUUCUUGCAUUUCUUUUAAGGACUCUGCUUGUCGUUGCUUCGGUUACAUGGUGUCCAAGAAGAAGUACAUCUACACCAUUGAUGAUGAUUGCUUUGUUGCAAAGGAUCCAUCUGGAAAAGAGAUCAACGCGCUUGAGCAGCAUAUCAAGAACCUCUUAUCUCCAUCAACUCCAGACUUCUUUAACACACUUUAUGAUCCAUACAGAGAUGGAGCAGACUUUGUUCGUGGAUACCCUUUUAGUAUGCGCGAAGGUGCCAUAACCGCGGUCUCUCAUGGCCUCUGGCUCAACAUCCCUGACUAUGAUGCUCCCACCCAGCUUGUGAAACCUCUUGAAAGAAAUUCCAGGAAAUUUGAUUUCUCACUUAGGUAUGUUGAUGCAGUCAUGACUAUUCCUAAGGGAACUCUUUUCCCUAUGUGCGGUAUGAACCUCGCUUUUGACCGGGAGCUGAUUGGCCCGGCUAUGUACUUUGGACUUAUGGGUGACGGACAGCCGAUCGGACGCUACGAUGACAUGUGGGCUGGUUGGUGUGUCAAGGUGAUAUGUGACCACAUGGGAUGGGGAGUGAAGACUGGUCUGCCUUAUAUAUGGCACAGCAAAGCAAGCAACCCAUUCGUGAACUUGAAGAAAGAAUACAAUGGAAUCUUCUGGCAGGAAGAAGCGAUACCUUUCUUUCAAUCUGUGACCCUUCCAAAAGAAUGCACUUCGGUGCAGCAAUGCUACCUCGAGCUGGCUAGGCUCGUGAAAGAGAAACUCGGGAAGGUGGAUCCUUACUUCAACAAGCUUGCAGUUGAAAUGGUCACUUGGAUCGAAGCUUGGGAAGAGCUUAACUCCCCAAAGGGAACUGAGGCUAAGGCACCAAAUGGCAAAAAGAAGUAA